AUAAUGACUGGGUUGUUUAAGGAAGCAUGACCGAUUUGGGAUGAAGGUUCCUGCCACUCUGACAUUUUCAUAGUCUAAUUUAUUGCACACAGCAUAUAAAGCUGUGGUAACCAAGUCUUCUUGCCAGGCUUAAUAGUGGGGAAUAGCCUGAAAGACCACAUCACGACAACUGCAGAUAUUUCCCUUGUUAAAAGGCACUUGAACUCCUGAGACCUUGCUAUGUUGAAUAGUAUGGCAUCCAAGGAUUUCCUCAAUUGGAGUCUCCUGGCUUUGCUUCUGUUGCUUCGCUUUUGCCUGUGCCAAGAUGAAGACACGGAGGUGAGCAGAAGAUAUAAUAACCCAGUGGCCAAAGUCUUGCAAAGUCACCACCAGACUGGUCAAAAAGGUUCCAGCAGCAGGGAAUUGUUCAGACAGCGGAGUCGACUUGUUGAGUGGACGGUUGAGAAUGAUGAUGGUAAUAGCCCUUCUCCUGACCAAAAUGCCUUGAAACCAGAGGUAGAUGAUGUAGCACAGACUACCUCAAACAGAGUCCAGACUAUACAAAGUGGACCUCAAAGCCCACCAGAAUGCGGCUGCCGGGGGGAUUUUGGAUUUCGGGGUUAUCAAGGCCCACCAGGGCCCCCUGGGCCUGCUGGAAUGCCAGGAAACCAUGGAAACAAUGGAAAUAAUGGUGCACCUGGCACUGAAGGAGCAAAAGGUGACAAAGGAGACAAGGGAGACAUUGGACUGAGAGGAGAGCGGGGCCACCAUGGACCGAAGGGAGAAAAGGGUUACCCUGGCAUCCCUCCAGAACUUCAGGUUGCGUUUAUGGCUUCAAUGGCAACCCACUUCAGUAACCAGAACAGUGGAAUAAUCUUCAGUAGUGUUGAAACCAACGUUGGAAAUUUUUUUGAUGUGAUGACUGGUCGAUUUGGAGCACCCGUGAAUGGAGUGUAUUUCUUCACCUUCAAUAUGAUGAAGCAUGAGGAUGUGGAGGAAGUAUAUGUUUAUUUAAUGCACAAUGGUAAUACAGUUUUCAGCUUAUACAGCUAUGAAUCAAAAGGUAAAACUGACUCAUCAAGCAAUAGUGCAGUGCUUAAACUCGCCAAGGGAGAUGAAGUUUGGCUGCGGAUGGGCAAUGGAGCACUCCAUGGAGAUCAUCAACGCUUUUCCACUUUUGCAGGGUUUCUUCUUUUUGAAACCAAAUAGACAUGAUUUUUAUGAUAGAUUUUGCUCUUUGCUUUCUCUAUCCUUUGGAACAACAUGGUAAUGUACUUCAGGGCCCUUUUUGAAACCAGUAUGCUGGCGUCUAAAUCUAUGGAGCGGUAUGAGAAAGGUUAGGCCUGCUUCCUUAUGGUUUUUUUUAUAUAUAUACCACACUAUCUUGCUAUGGCUCUGGUGCCACUGAAAUCUGAAAUCGUAUUUCAGAUAAUUGAAUGGUGUGAUGAUUACAGCCUUUGGCCCCAAUCUAUGUGGCUUCACACUUGUAUGGAUUUGUUCCACAUACCGGCCUGUGGGUCUACUUUCUUCUUUCAAAUUGAUUCAGCAUUGGGAACUUCAUGUGUGCUUCUGAGCUCCUUCAUCCAUAACAAAAAAUCAGAAGCACACCUAGUUUGCGCACAGCACCACAUCCAGUAUGAAAAUACAGAUAUGGAAGUGCAUUAUAUAUAAAUUUAUAACAACAUGACCUCUGAAUUGUUAAAAUUAGUUGCUAACUGGUACAUUCACUUUAGGAAGAAUAAUAGUUUAGAAUUUUUGCCUUCUUUGUCCUUUUGUUGUUUAGUCGUGUCCGACUCUUCAUGACUCCAUGGACCAGAGCACGCCAGUCACUCCUGUCUUCCACUGCCUCCUGCAGUUUGGUCAGACUCAUGUUGGUAGCUUCGAGAACACUGUCCAACCAUCUCGUUCUCUGUUGUCCCCUUCUCCUUGUGCCCUCAAUCUUUCCCAACAUCAGGGUCUUUUCCAGGGAAUCUUCUCUUCUCAUGACGUGGCCAAAGUAUUGGAGCCUCAGCUUCAGGAUGUGUCCUUACAGUGAGCACUCAGGGCUGAUUUCCUUCAGAAUGGAUAGGUUUGAUCUUCUUGCAGUCCAUGGGACUCUCAAGAGUCUCCUCCAGCACCAUAAUUCAAAAGCAUCAAUUCUUCGGCGAUCAGCCUUCUUUAUGGUCCAGCUCUCACUUCCAUACAUCACUUCUGGGAAAACCAUAGCUUUAACUAUAUGGACCUUUGUCGGCAAGGUGAUGUCUCUGCUUUUUAAGAUGCUGUCUAGGCUUGUCAUUGCUUUUCUCCCAAGAAGCAGGCGCCUUUUGAUUUUGUGACUGCUGUCACCAUCUGCAGUGAUCAUGAAACCCAAGAAAGUAAAAUCUCUCACUGCCUCCAUUUCUUCCCCUUCUAUUUGCCAGGAGGUGACGGGACCAAUGGCCAUCAUAAAUGCUCAAAUAUCCUUAUAUGCUCAAAUGUCCUUAUAAAUGCUCAGAUAUUGAUUUGUAUGCUUUGGGUGAUCUGCAACUAAAUUAAAUUGAAUUGUCUAUAAAGUGAUUUACUCAUCCUGUAUGAAUGGUUAGGUAUGUUGGCUAAAUUCUUUUACUUAAUGGAGUUUGUAGAAUGGAGAAUAUACUAUUUUUACUAUAUAGGCUUGUUUAGUUUGCACGAAUGAAAAUCUUCAUGUUUUAAAGUAUAUCAGCAAUUUUUUGCAUGCUUUAAAAAACAGAAUCAAUUUGUCAUUGGUUCUUAUUAAAGUACAGUAUUUUGACCCUAGCUCUUAGUAGAAUGAAACAAGAUUGAAUUUUGUGUCAUGAAUGUGUUCAUUUGCUUAUUUUGUAAACUGAUCACUUAUUAAUUAAAGACCACUU